AAUCACUGCAAGCUAGCAGCAACAUCACUUGGCAGUACAGGGGAGACGUGUUCCUGUGAGCUGAGCUGACCACCACGUACAUUCCCCUCCGUUCGCUGGAUGACAAAUGCCAAGCCUACGGAUGGAUAUUUUGGUCGGAGCAGGGGGGAUCGCAGGAAUGCGCGUGUCGCUGUUUGGGAAAAAACUGGUUGUGAUGUUUAACUGCUGCUAAGACAUUGACUGUGAAUCUCGUGUGUUCUUGCAGUCGGCACAAUCAAGGUGAAGGAAGCUAGCCCGUUAGCUCUCGAGCUAUCCGGGUAGUGUGAGACAGUGAACAGAAAACGCAUUGAAUGCGUUUGAUAUCGUUAUUGUUAAAAUGAAAAAGCAAAGCACAUGACAAGCGUGCGCACUUUUUCUUUGCAAGCUGCACUUCCUUAUUGGACAAUAGUGCUCGUCACUUAUAAGGAGCGGAUGCCAGGGGAUGCUUGAUAUUCUGGGGGAAAACUUGACAUAGCCUAUCUAUGAGAAUUUUAUAAUAUAGCUUUUUUCCCCUUUUACAUCCGCUGAAUAUGUUAAUAUUAACCCCCAUGUCAUAUUAGUGAGUGACUACUUAUGAUCGGUGCCAGGCAAUAUUGUCCUAUCAUCACUACAUUAAACUCGUUCUGGUAGCCUAUUUCUUUACUCUCAAAACACACCUGCUUCGUUCAGGUCCUUUAAAUGAGUCUUGUAUCAGGUUCUUGCAAACACAUGGGUCUUAGAGAGCGCUGGUAGUUUAAAUCAGAGCGAAUGCCGAAGCUCUGGACGGACAGAUGAUGAUGGUGAUGAUUCAUUCACACACUACGGGAAUAUGAGAAAGUUACUCUCGGCUUGACCGAGCACACGGCUCCGCGUUCACGAAAUCCCUGCUAUUCCCGAUGGUGAAAUUAUUAGUCGGCGGCUGUUUGAUGAGCAGCAAACGAAAGCCACCUCUCCUCGGGUUGCCUCUGGAGUCGAGCUGACAGAAGCUGGUGUGGGGUUUGUUUGAAAGGCUGGAGCAGGGUGUGACCGCACUUCGUUUAAAUGUUACAUGCCGCACUGUAUAUAUCAGCGAAGCUCACUAUGAAAGCAGCCUGGAAUUUCUACGUCAAUCCGUGCGGAUGACGCCGCCACCGCCAAUGUUGGAAAACAAAACGUCGCUGAGGCAAAAGUUCCUUUUUCAAAUUCUUUCGGCUAAAGAGCAGGUCUGUUAGCCAUGUAGCUGGCUGCACAUGACCGGGCUGGACUUCUCCGACUAAUGUCUAGGGUGUCGAAUAUUUUUUUAGUCUGUGUUGUGCGUGGAAGUGUAGAUGUAUAGUGCAGUUAUUUUUAGCUUCGUCGUGACUGUUUCUAGUUGCUAUGGCAUUUUUAAACGGCCCCAGACUGCUGGACUGGGCAAACUCUCCUCCACAUUUACAGUUCAACAAAUAUGUCCUGACUGGCUAUAGACCCAUCUCCUCCGUCCAGGAGUGUAUCAGGAGUCUCUUCUAUCUGCACAAUGAGCUGGGGAACAUCUACACACACGGAAUCCCUCUGCUCUGUUUCCUGGUGCUGCUCCCGCUCAACAUCCCUUGGUCACAGAUCAGCGCAAUGUGGCUUGGCGUAGUUCACUUACUAGCCUGCCUGUCACCGCAGCUGGGCUCAGUGGUCUACCACCUCUUCAUGAACCAUAAGGGCGGCGAGCCUGUCUACAAAACCCUGCUCACGCUAGAUAUGUGUGGAAUCUGCAUGAUCAACACGCUAGGAGCUCUGCCCAUCGUGUACAGCACUCUUCUCUGCUACCCUUUCACCCGCACAGUGGCUCUGCUGAUAUACAUCCUGCUCUCCAGUUACGCCAUCUACUGUGCCAUCACAGCACGCAGCAGAGUGCGGCGUCUGCGUUCCUUCGCCUGGCAGGCACUUUUCCGCUUCUUGUUUUUCCUCCUGCGCUGGAUAGGUUUGGGCGGAGGGAGUCCCUCCUCACUGCGUCACUUUCUCACCAUGGAUGCACUCGCGGUGUUGGGCGGUGUCAUCAAUAUCACACGAAUCCCCGAGCGGUUCCGCCCGGGCCUGUUUGACUACUGGUGCAACAGCCAUCAGAUCAUGCAUGUGCUGGUGGUAGUGUCAAUACUGUACCUACACUGGGGGGUGCUGGACGACUUAAUAUGGAUCAACACGUAUCACUGUCCCUCAGACUGACAGUGGCCCCUGCUAGUCUGGAAUCAUCGGUAAUAAGGCGUGGGGAUUCUUUUAGUAACUCUUUUAGUAAUAACAUGUUUUGGGAAUGCGACGUAAUUGGGCAAAGAAUGGUUUGGGGUGGGGGGAGGUUGUUGUGCUUUGUAUAUAAUUGUGUGCACGAAAGUCUAUAAGAAGGGUUUUACAUGUUUUUUUUGUUUUUUUUUAGGAGACACCAGUGCCAGCUUUGACACACAUGCUUGUUUGUGCCAUCAGUAGCCAGAAUGUGCAUAUCCGUGUUUGCAUAAACAUUGUCUGUGCAUGGCACUGUUUAGACCUGCUAGCUCAAACAAAGCUAAUUUUGUGGUUUGAGACCUAUACAUUUUAUAGGCACACACACACAUAUGGGGUCUGACGUUAUUUGAUGUCAUAUGUUCACCAGCAUUUAAAGCAUUUAUAACCACUAAAUUUAGUUGUAGUUGAAUAGUGAAAGACAUGAUUGAGCCCUUAAAUGAUUGGGUCUCAAAAAGCAAGAUUUAACAUAUCACAUAAUCUAAUAUUUGUUGCACAAAAUAGCAUGGAUUUUGUGAAAACUAAUUAUGGUUUGUCUCUUCUCAAUUUUGCUGGUGAUACAAACAAAGACCAAUGGUGCAGAAAUGAUGUAUGCACCACCAAAUUUCAACUUAUUACUCUAUUGCAGACUAUCUAGCAUAUCAAAUGUUACAUCAGUGCUAACAUCACACACAUACACACAGCAACAUUUACUGGAAAUACUUGAGUUGACUUUACUUGUUAUAUCACACUCUUUUUGUUCUUCUUCUUUUUUUUGUGCCGUCUCCCUUUGGUCAGGUCCAUAUUUUUCACAAUCUCACCCUGAUACCUGUAAGUGAAGGGUGAAGGGCUCAUUCCUUGGUUUGUUGCCUUGACCUUUAUAUUUUUACUGGGUGGUUAAAGUUGCUGAGUGCCUGUUUUAUGUCUUAGUGCCCUUUGUGACUUUGAUCAUGUUUGUUAUAUAUUCAAUACCUGUGACUUUAAUAAUACCUGGGCAACAUUUUACCCUACCUGCAGAAGAUCUUUUCUCUUCUGUGCUGCCGAAAAGUCAAUUCAUCCUUGUACACUUAAGGUUUUAAUAUCCUAAUCUGUAGUUUGAAAGAUUUUGUACCGCUCUAAAUUAGAUUUAAUUACUUUCUGACCUUUAACCUCAAUUAUUUAUGUAACCUUGGAUUCAAGACGAGGCAAACUAUUUUCUUAAUGGCGUGCUGUUUGGACAAAGGCUUUAAUUCUCUGCUGGCCAUCCUUACCCACUGCGCACCUGAUGUUCCCGCUCCUCAGAUGUGGCAGAUGAAUAUUAGACCAAAUUAAUGAUAUAUAUAUGGAAUAGUAUGAACUUGACUGAAUAUAAUUCAUAAUGACCCCUUUGAUUUUUAAGAGAAGUUACCAAAAGACUUUAGGUUUAACAGAGCUGUUUAUAGUUGCUAAAGCUGAACAGUCAAUCACCUUUAUAUCUACUUUAGAUUGUGAUUCAUGUAAACUAAACCAGUUCUUAAUGCAGAUUGCACUAUGGAGAUGGUCACAUUGUUCCAAAUGGGCUGUAUUAUGCAGUUUUGCACAUUUGGAUUUGUUACCUUAGCACACUUAUGCACUACUAAGCGGAACAAACCAAGGAUGACUCUUCUUCCAACCUCACUAGUCUUAAAGAACUGACAAACAAACAUCAUGAUGUGAUAGAUUCACUGACACUAUCGCAAUGUAGCUUUUAGAAUAAACAUCAGUGAGGCCUGUCGUUCAUUUCAAUUACCUUCACUCUGUGUCAUUGCCAUUAUAUUUAUUAUAUUUAAGAGGAUGCUUUAACAUUUGGCAAUGUUUGAAGAUUAUUUAUUUUAAUACUACUACUACUGUUUUAAUUUUUAUUAUUGUUAUUUUUUAUAUAUAUAUAUUAUUUUAACCAGCUAGGGAUCACGCAUCUUUACACAACCAGAGUACUCUAAUUAUUUUCUAGCAGAAAUCAGACCUAUUAGUAUAGAAUCAGUGCAUGUUAGGUCGAAUGUUGCUCAGAUGUAUCUGACAAACUCAUACACAUACUCAAUGCCAAAUUAAAUGUUUGAUGGCCUCAGGUGUCGAGCCCUGAUCUUAGAAGACCAGGGUGGUUUUAAAAACAAACCACACCACAAGUCCCUUAGAACAGGGAAGGUUUACCCCAACCCCUUUAAUGCUAUUAAAUGACAAACAUUUGACUCUGAAAUCAAGUGGUGCAU